UUAGACUCUAUAAACUUUAAAUUUUUAUUAUUGAAUAAAACUGUUAUAUUUUUUGAUAAUUAUUGUGUUGAACAGUGACACGUGCCUUGAACAGGCACUUAUUCAUCAUCUAUUGACAAUUUUAUAUUAAAAAUACAAUGAAGUUUAUUCAGUUUUUUGUAGUUUUUUUUAUCUCCAGUGUUUUUGGAGAUCUUGAAUCUCCAGUAGAGCUUACAAACACAGUGAAACUACUCCGAGAACAAGUGAAUGCUCUUCUGGAUCAUAGACAAGAAGAUUACAAUGCACUAGAGAGCUCGUUAAAGAAGGCUAUUGAAAAAAAUACUGAAUUGACAGUCUUAAGGAAUGAAGUAAAGCAACUAAGAAAGGAAAUCACUACUAGUCUUCGUGGCGGAAGCGGCAACGAGGCGAAGAAUGAACGACUGCGAAUCAAAUGGUUGGGUAGUGCUGUGACCGAAUUAAAGUCCGAGUUGGCUGAAGUUUUACGAGCCCAAAAUACUAGUGAGGAAUUCGCUCAACGUGCGAGAAUGAAGAGUGAGCUUUCACUUCUUCGUGGCGAUAUUGCACAAGUGGGAAGAGGGAUCAGAGAUCUUGGUGGAAGAUUGACGAAGAUCGAAGCAUCAUUGGGCAGUAUCAGAAACGACAUCAGUGCUGUUAAAGAACGAGCUGGUCAAUUAACACGAAGCUGUGCUGAUGUUGCUAGUCAGCUGAGCACGGUGCAAAUUGAGAUGAAAUCAUUAAAGUGGGAUCCACACCUGGAGCAUAAACAUCAUCAACUAGCUAGGAAUGAAGUUGAUAAUGGUGAAGAACGUGAAGAAAAAAAGGAGCAUCAUCGAUUAAUGAGACACAGUCUAUCACGAUCACUUUUAGGGAGAAGAAUGGAAGAGAGAUUAUUGAGCCUUGAGCGGAAAAUAGCAAUUGUUGCAAGAAAACGUGCUAUGAUUGAAAAACGAGUUGUAUAUGAAUCAAAUCCAGAUACAGUGAAUAUACAAACAUUGCAAAAUAUGAAAGACGAAUUUUCUGACCAAAUAAAAAAUAUCAGUGAUCAAGUGAAUGCUUUAGAAAAAAAAUUAGAAGAAUCAAUAAUGGAAAAUUUAGAAACUCGAGGCAACCUAAGAGAGAAAUUGGAUUUAAAUCAAUCAGAGAUUAAACGAGAACUCACUCGUCUUGAUGUCAAUGCAGCAAAAAAAAAUUCGGAGUUGACUUCGACAAGAGAAGAAUUAAGUAAUCUAAGAAGAACGGUACAAGCUUUGAGUGUGAGUGCUUCAAAGCUUCAAGAAAAGAGUGAUCUCCAGCAGGAAACAACAGCUAAAUUAAGUCACAAAUUAGAGGUGCUUUCAAAUGUAGAUUUUAAAACAUCUUUAGACAAGGCUAUAAACGUUACUCAUGAAUUAGAACACGUUGAAGACCAGUACAGGCUCAUGGUUGAUGCUUUACCUGGUAAUUGUGAUGCAAGAGACGGUUUAACUUUACUCGGAGGUCAAGGAUCUCCACUUUUAGUGUCUUGUCAUGAUGGCUGGAUUGUCGUAGCUCGUCGAAUUGACGGCAUAGUUGAUUUCGAUCGUACUUGGGCUGAAUAUGCUUCAGGAUUUGGAUCUCCAUUAAAUGAAUUUUGGGUUGGAAAUGAAGCUCUUCAUCGUUUAACACGGGACAACUGUACUAGAUUAAGAAUUGACCUAACCGACAUUUACGGAACUAAAUGGCGUGCAGAUUAUGACUACUUUAAUGUUCAAUCUGAAGAAACUGGUUACCAAUUGCAUGUUGGUGGAUAUUCCGGGAAUGCUACAGAUGCUUUUUCUUACCAGAAUAAUAUGGCUUUUAGUGCUAAAGAUAAAGACAUGGACAUCAGCUCAGCUGACUGUGCAGCUAAUUAUCACGGUGGUUGGUGGUUUAGCCAUUGCCAACACGCUAAUUUGAACGCGAAAUAUUCAUUAGGAUUAACUUGGUAUCAAUCUGAUACAAACGAAUGGAUGGCUGUAGCUACUGCUACCAUGUCUAUUCAACGGAAAGCUGAAUGUCAUUCUUAAUUCUAUGUUUACUAAUUUCAUUCUAACCUUUUUCAUAUUUCGGCAUUGACAUGGAAAAAAAGAUUAUUAAAAUUAGCUUUGUUAUAUACCAAAGACGUAGUUCUAG